AUGCAAUCGACUCCAGGGGCAAGUGUGAAUGAAGGACAGGUGACCACAGCUGCAGAGGUGGGACAAGACCUGGAAACCAGGUAUGAGAAGCAGCAGUGCAUGCGCAGCGUCUUGACUUUCCUUCAGCGACCGGGUCCCGGUCCGCAUUCGCCGGCCUCUUCGCCCGCGCCCUCUUUUAGGGCCCCCGCCGCCGCCCUGGCGUUCCCUGCAGGCCCGGGUGAGGCCGCCUGCGCCUUGUGCCAGCGCACGCCCCGCGAGCCGGUGCGCGCCGACUGCGGCCACCGCUUCUGCCGGGCGUGCGUGGUGCGUUUCUGGGCGGAGGAGGAUGGGCCCUUCCCCUGCCCUGAGUGCGCUGAUGACUGCUGGCAGCGCGCCGUGGAGCCCGGCCGCCCGCCGCUCAGCCGACGCCUGCUGGCGCUCGAGGAGGCGGCAGCAGCACCCGCGCGCGACGGCCCGGCCUCGGAGGCUGCGCUGCAGCUGCUGUGUCGUGCUGAUGGGGGUCCGCUGUGCGCCGCUUGCCGGAUGGCAGCAGGGCCCGAACCGCCCGAGUGGGAGCCCCGCUGGAGGAAGGCACUGCGCGGCAAGGAGAGCAAGGGGUCUGUGGAGGUCAUGAGAAAAGAUCUGAAUGAUGCUCGGGACCUGCAUGGCCAGGCUGAGUCUGCUGCUGCUGUGUGGAAGGGACACGUGAUGGACCGCAGAAAGAAGGCCCUGACUGACUACAAGAAGCUUCGGGCUUUCUUUGUGGAGGAGGAGGAGCGCUUCCUGCAGGAGGCGGAAAAAGAGGAGGGGUCCCCUGAGGAUGAGGAUGCUGACCCUGCAGAGAGGUUCAGGUCCCUCCUGCAGGCCCUGUCGGAGCUCGAGCGGAGGCACCGAAACCUGGGCCUCAGCAUGCUGCUUCAGGUGGGCCCCGCCCCAUCUGAGGGUGCUGAGCAACCAAGAGAAGGCUUCCAUUUGGGGCUGAAUUUCAGGAAUCAGUGAACCGGGAGACAACCCAGCCUCCAUGGCAUUGGCGAUGUUUUGUGAGGCAGGGUUGCACCCCAGUGUUGAAGCACUGGGCCCCUGUGCUACCCUAGCACUCUGCAGGCAGGAGCUGGCUGAGGGGUCCAGGAGCACAGGGACCACCGAGGAGGCUAGUGGCUAUCUGACCCUCGUUCUUCAUGUCCUCACACCCUAUGUUGGAGGCCAUGCCUAACCCUUGAGGCUCUGGAUUCUUUGCAUUCCCUCUGAUCCUGAGCCAGCAGCCUCUGUCCUUCUCUUUUCUGGGCUAAGGUGUGAUUUCACUCCUGGAAUGCUGGUUAAUCAACUCUAGUGGGUGGUGGUUUUAGGUGAUGAUUGGAGGGGGGCUUGGCUUCAGCCUUGGGAAGGCGUCUAUGGCUGGUGGAACUGGGGCAUGGUCGUCUGGGUUUCAGGAUGGCUACUCCCUCCUCUACCUCCCUCUCUCUCUUUCCCUGUCUCUUUCUCCCUGCAGUGAUGCCAGGCAGAGGAUGCUGGCUCAACCCUGGCCCAGCCCCCAGCAGUUCCUCCAUCCGCCUCCUUCAGGACUCCGGAGGGUCUUCAUCUAAGUAUAGACUGGGCUUUGUAUUGUAGGUGCCACCUUGGGCUAUCCCCUCAGCAGUGUCCAUGUUUUUUUCCUCGGGUGGUCUUGUUUCUGGGCUAUAAAAGCCAGUUUUGCUGUGGAGACCUGAAGUGGUGGGGGGCAUCCGUAACCCAAGUGUGUCCUGUUCUCUCUCUUCAUAAAGCUGUUGUUGCUGCUGCUGUCUCUUCA